AUGAGCACCGGCAACGGGCAAUGGAUCGGGCGGAAGGGCCGCACCCCCAAGGUCGCAGCGUCGAAUCAAGUGGAUCCUCGCGCAUCAAUCAAGCUUCCCAAGUACGCAAGAUCGGAUCUGCUUGUCCGUCUGAACAAGAUCAUCAGUUUAUUCACAGAGAGGCAGAUUGCGCUCGCCGGAUCUACCGGUUUCGGUGCUUUUGCAAAGUCUGUUCAUGCAGUUCAGUUCGACAAGCAGUUCACGACGUGGUUGAUGCCAAGGGUAGACACCAUGAACAGGACUAUUGGACCGGUUGAUGGGAAGAGGAUCAUGAUAUUCCAGGAAGAUGCAGGCAGUGUGUUCGGCGUUCCUUUCUUGGGGAAGGAGGUGUACGAUUCAUCACUUGACAAGUCGGAAGAGAUGCGGCAGGAAGUAAUGGAGCUCAUAGGAAUGCAAUCCCCGGAAGCGGUACCAAGCGAAGCAGCUGAAAAAACACUGACUACAUUAGCAGGCCGUGAAUUGUCGGACGAAGAGGAAGACAAGUUUAAGGUUGCAUUUGUAGUGUUUGUCCUAUGGAUUCUAUGCGACAGCAGCAACGACGGAGACAAAGAAUCACGCAACUUUUGGCCAGCUCUGAAACACGCAAGCACAAUCCACACUUUCAACUGGGCAUCAUAUAUCCUUGAUUCAGUCAUCUCGUCUUGCGUCAAUGCUAGGCUGGCAACGCGGUCGAACACUAGCUAUUCACCGCCUGCUGGGACUGCUCUUUUCCUCCAGGUAUUCUACCUGGACAACAUGGAUUACGGGCCAUUGUCUCUACCAAAGAGCAGUGCCCCCCGAAUAUCCCUAUUCAACGCGCAGACGCUGUCAAAACAAAUCAUGGCUGAAACAAUCGGACUCAGGGGGCAAACUCCAUGCAGGUUGUUUGGAGCGGGGAAGGCACGAAGAAGCGAGGACGUUGUGUACAGAAGGGUGAUCAGUCGCGAUGCUACAGCCCGGAUGGUCAGCAAAAUAGCAUCCGCAGCGGCCAACAAUAAGCCCGAAUGUGCUGAGAAGCCGCACUGUUCUUUGCAGAACACAGCUCGUUGCUCUCCGAAGAACAAGCAGAAAAGGAUCAGGGCUGAGCCGGAUCUAACAAACACACAAGGAGUUGGAUCCAAUGCACCGAUGGACGUCAACAUGCAAGCUCUACUAGCCGUCAAAGCACACAAGGCUAGGUGCCUCAAGGUACUUGCCGUUGCGAGGAAAGCUCUUGACGAAGAAACUGACAAGUUGAUUGCCACAUUCAGCAAGAUGGGUGCUGCACAUGAAUUACUACAGCAGGCCACAUUAGUUUCGAGUGUCAGCGACAAACAAUCUGAAUUACAGAUAUCACCGGGGCAGCCCUUCACCCCUUCUCCCACUACGCCAAGUUCGUCAGACACCCAUGCACUGGCAGCCAACCGGAAGAGCUUCUUUGGAUGCGAUGCUCCACCUUUCUCUCUCGGGGACGAGUUUGAAGAGUUGGGUGUAAAGGAAGUAACAAACGGGCAGUCCACAAGCUCCAUGGUAACCUCUGUCAUUUCUCCGCUAGGGCCUAGCCCACCGAGGAAAACCAUCAGAAGGUCCAGCCCGAUUUCCCCGUUGGCAGACACAAAAAAGAAAUCUGGGGAGUAUCUUUUUAACAAGAGAUCAACGGGUGUAAUAAACCUAAAUGACACUGCAGCUGAAUUAGAGUUCACACAAUCUCCUGUCAACCGGAAGGUUGUCCGCGAAGGCCGCAUAAUCUGCCCCCCGAGGGACACGUCACGGCCACACAGUGCCACGAAAUCAAAGGCAGCUUCUGAGUUCUACAAAUGGGCUAUGAACGCAGCCGUAGACCCUAACAGGCGAGUACUGGGUACGCCAUGGGUCCCCAAAGUUCAUUGA